CAUUUUUGGAGUAUAAAAGACACGCAGUCUUUUCCGCACUACUCUUCUCUGCACAUUCGCCAACGCAUCCAUCCGUCCCGAAAACAGCAUUCAGUCAACAAGCUAGAAGUUUUGUAGCUUAGCAGUUGUGAGCAUGCACAACAACGACCGAAAUAAGGAUUCAAGAAGAGCAUGGAGAAAUUGCCAACACUUUUACAAAUGCACUUUAUAUUUAUUCUUCUUUAGUCUGGAACUAAAGACCAGCGUUUCAGGGCCGGUGGAUGAGUUUGCGUUCUACCAUGAGGGAGCUCAGGGCUGCCUGGGGGUCCAGGGCCAAUCACUGCUCCUUUCGACCUCCUGCGAGGACGCCAGCCAGCGCUGGAAGUGGGUGACACGUGAUCGCCUCUUCAACCUGGGCUCUUCGCUGUGUCUGGGCCUGACCACGGGCAAUAGCAGCUCCCGAGGAGAAGGCUCUCCUCUGGGCGUGUACCCCUGUGACCUUCCGCCACCCCGGGUGCGCUGGACCUGGCAGUGUUCCCAGGUGGUGGAGGCCCUGAACUCAUACCUGCCGUCCCCUUCCCCUCCGGCCCAGGCCAACGCCAGCACAGAGGCCUUGGCAGCCAAGCCCCAGGCCGAGGGGCUCAAAUGGAGGCUCUACAGUGAUGAACAGGACCUGUGCUUGAUAACCUACCAUGAGAUAUAUACCAUCCAGGGGAACUCUCACGGUCGGCCCUGCUACCUGCCCUUCCUGUACGACGGCCAGUGGUUCCACAGCUGCACCAGUAUAGGACGAGAGGACGGGCACCUGUGGUGUGCCACCACCUACAACUACGGCAAAGACGAGCGCUGGGGCUUCUGUCCUGUCAAGAGCAAAGACUGUGAGACGUUCUGGGACACUGACCCGCUGACUGACAGCUGCUACCAGUUCAACUUCCAGGCCACCCUGUCCUGGUCUGAGGCCCGCAUCAGCUGCCACCAGCAGGGGGCAGACCUGCUCAGCAUCACCAAGCUGCACGAGCAGACCUACAUCAACGGUCUUCUGACGGGCUACAGCGCUGCGCUGUGGAUCGGCCUCAACGACUUGGACAUCCAGGGGGGCUGGCAGUGGGCUGAUGACUCGCCGCUCAAAUACCUCAACUGGGAGGCUGACCAGCCAUCCCAUGCCGAGGAGGAGAACUGUGCUGUGAUAAGGACAGAGUCUUUGGGCCGGUGGCAGAACAGAGACUGCUCCAUAGCCCUGCCCUAUGUCUGCAAGAAGAGACCCAACGCCACCCUGGACCCCUUCACCACCGACUCGUGGGCGGAUGAUGAGAGGUAUGAGUGUGAUGUUGGCUGGCAGGCCUUCCAGGCCGGCUGCUACAAGCUGACCUCUGAGAAGAUGGACUGGGACGGAGCGCAGAAGACCUGUCAGAAGAUGGAGGCUAGCCUGGUUAGCAUCCACACCCUGCCUGAGCUUGAGUUCAUCAUAAACAACCUGAAGAGAGAUGUGGAGGAGUUGUGGAUUGGGCUACAUGACAUGGCGAUGCAGAUGGAUUUCCAGUGGUCCGAUCACACGCCAGUCAUCUUUACCUACUGGCACCCAUUCGAGCCCAACAACUUCCGAAACACCCCGGAGGACUGUGUCAUUAUCUGGGGACCUGAAGGCCGCUGGAAUGACAUUCCCUGUAAUCGGACCCUGCCCUCCAUCUGUAAGAAGACAGCCCAGAAGACUGAUGAACAGGCAAAGGAUCACGGCUGCAAACCGGGCUGGAAGUGGCAUAGCCCAGCCUGCUACUGGGUGGGGGAGGACCAGGUUACCUUUGAAGAGGCCAAGAAGGCCUGUGUGGGCAGUGGGGCUGGUCUGGUCACCAUCACCAAUAGGUUUGAACAGGCCUUUGUCAGCAGUCUCGUGUUCGGCCGUUCUGGAGAUUCCUUCUGGAUUGCCCUCAGUGACCAGAACAGCCCUGGAUACUUCCACUGGCUGAGCGGGGACGAGGUGUCCUACACCAACUGGAACAGAGACCAGCCAGGUAAAAGCAAGGGAGGCUGUGUGACCAUGGCAACAGGCUAUGCCACAGGGCUGUGGGAGGUGAAGGAGUGUGAGUCGUCGCGUGCCAAGUUUAUCUGCAGGCUGGACCAGGGCACCUCCAUAAGUCCUGAGCCCCCUGCCCCUGCCCCGCGCCCCACCCCCAGCCUCACGGGCGCCUGCCCCGGGGGGUGGAAGAGCAACAGCAAACUGCACCACUGCUACAAGGUGUUCCACUCCUCUCACCUGGACCCAAAGCUGAGCUGGCUACAAGCCCACCUGUUUUGCCAGAUCCACGGGGCCAACCUGCUCAGUAUCAGCAGCCCCGAGGAGGAGCAGUUUGUUCUACAGGUUCUCCACGAGACCUUCGGGGAGUCGGAGGACCAUGAGCAGCACUGGUUUUGGAUCGGGCUGAACCGCAGGAACCCCAUUGACAACGGCAGCUGGAAGUGGAGCGACGGACUGGCUUAUGCCUACCAGAACUUUGGCCGUUACAACUACAACACACGCCAGUGUGCAGCAGCAGACCUGGGAACCAUGACCUGGCUAGCCAUGCACUGUGACUCUGAGCUGGACUGGAUCUGCAAGAUCCCCCGAGGUAGUGUGGAGGUGGAACCAGAAGUCUCUCAAGACUCCGGUGCUAAUGAGUGGGUGGCGUUCCAGGAGGCGGAGUAUAAGUUCUUUGACCACCGGUCUACGUGGGACCAGGCCCAGAGGAUCUGCUCCUGGUUCGACGCUUCGCUGGCCUCCGUCCACUCUGCUGACGAGGAGGUCUUCCUGGGCAACACCCUGCGCAAGCUUCCUAAGAUGGAGGGGGAUCACUGGUGGGUGGGGCUUCACACGUACGACAACGACGGGCGUUUCCGCUGGUCAGACCACUCGAUUCUCAACUACGUGUCCUGGGGGCUCAGCAGGCCACGCCCCCCCAGCCGGGAUCGCAAGUGUGUCCACACAUCGGUCAGCAAAGGCGAGUGGGCGGAUCAAAAAUGCCACACAGACCUGCCCUACAUCUGUAAGAGGGUGAACGUCACGGGCACCGUCCCCCCCACCCCCUCCUCCCCCCUGGCCCCCAUGGGCUGUGCUGAGGGCUGGGCAUCCUUCCAGCACAAGUGUCUCAAGGUGUUCGGCCGCGAGGACGACAGGAGGGCCAGCUGGUCUGCAGCCAAGCUCAUGUGCGAGUCCCAGGCAGGAGUCUUGGCCGUGGUGUCCAAUCACUUAGAGCAAGCCUUCGUCACUACCCUGCUGACCAACGUCAGUUUUGACCUCUGGGUGGGUCUGAUGUCCGACUCUAAAGGGCACUUCCAGUGGGCCCUGCCUGGGCUGCUCAGCUACACCAACUGGGCCCCCGGGGAGCCCAUGGACAACAGCGGACCCCUCCACAUCAAGACCCCGGGCAACUGUGUGGUGAUGCUUCAUGGGAACCCAGAGAAGAACACUGGCAUGUGGGCAUCACAACCCUGUGAGAUGGAGAAGCAUGGCUUCAUCUGCCAGAAGAAACAAGACCCAGGUAUGGCCCCUGCUCCUGCCCUGCUGCCUGCCUCCCUGUCAGGCCCGGUGGAGCUGGGGGGGGUCACCUACCGCGUGGUGGAGAAGAGCCUGGACUGGACGGGCGCUCUGCAUGUUUGUGAGUCUCUAAACGGGACCCUGGCGACGGUGACUGAUCCGUACCAGCAGGCUUACCUCACCCUGCUCGUCAACAGCCUCCACCUGCCUGCCUGGAUCGCUCUCUACAACUCUGGGGGACGGACAAUUACCCUGGCUGGGAAACAGAAACUGACUUACACUGACUGGAGAGAAGGGGAGCCCAAUCAACUGGCUGGAUGUGGUCACAUGACCACCACAGGGCAGUGGACCAUGACUCCCUGUGACGCCAAACUGAAAGCUGCCAUCUGUCAGAUCAAUCAAGACGAGGGGCCCCUUCACCAGUGGGUGUAUCCGGGGCAGUGCCCCACCUCCCUGGGGAACUGGGCCUGGGUGCCCUUCAGGAACCACUGCUACUCCUUCAACCUGCAGACUCUGAGGCUGCCGCAGGAAGCCCGCUCCUCCUGCCAGAAAGUGGGGGCCCAGCUCCUGUCUGUGCUGGAUGAGACAGAGAACGGCUUUGUGUGGGAGCACAUCCAGAGCUACCAGGACCAGGCCCACGGAGCAUGGCUGGGCUUGACCUUUAACCCCGACGGGGCCAGUCUGAUGUGGUUAGAGACCACUGAGGUGGAGUUCACAAACUGGGAGGUGCAGGACACCAACCUGAGCAUGCUGUCGGCCAACACCUGCUUCUGGAUCCAGAGCAACACGGGCCUGUGGAAGCCCGGCUCCUGCAAGAACCGCACCCAUGGGGUCAUCUGCAAGCGACCACGCAGUGCUGAGACUUCUGCCGUCACUUCGGAGGGCGAUCACCUGCCCACCCUGGUUCUGAUCAUGGUAACAGGGCUGGUUCUGUUGGUGCUGAUCGUGGGGAUCAUCUACCUGUACCGCAGGCGAAGCAUGGGGGCGCAGGGCUCCUACGAGGGCGCGCGCUACAGUCGCACCAAUUCCAACCCCGGCGAGCAGGCUGAGAAGAACAUCCUGGUGUCGGACAUGGAACUGAACGAGCAACCUGAAUAGAACCAUAGAACCGGCUUCCAGAACCAGACCUGGAGCUGGCAGGGACAGACUGAUUCUGACUCAGAAACUGAUUUUGGAUAGACCUUUUAUUCCCCUUUUUUUUAAACCAUUGUACAAUCCUGAAAGGCUGUGUGGAACGCAGCACGUUAAUCAGAUUAGAUAUGAGAGACCCAGAACCCCCUCUGGCCCCUGCUACCAAGACAUACACUGCCACUCUGAAACCUUUUAGACCAAUCAGAUCCUAGCUUCUCUGUGAGAUGUCGACAAAAGUAUUUCUGGAUCAGGACUGCACCUCUUUGAUGUGAGUUGUUGUACUUCAGUCUAUUUGUGUAUGUGUAUGUCAUUCCGAAUCCCCAUAUGCAAUUAUCCAAAACAAAGACUCACAAAGCACAAAGCAAAGUAAAGACACUCUGCUCUUUAUCUUUACAACCAUAACAUACUCUCCCACAGGAUCUUCUUAUGCCAUGGUAGGAUUUACCAGAGGUCUUGUUUUGUUUUUUUGGUUCUUUUCAAAAUCAGUGCAGCUGUAGUUAACUUGUGUUAAUGAUGAUGCAUGUGUACCUGUAGUUUUGUCUGUCCUUUGCUGCCCUCUCUCCCCCUCCUCUCCCCUCCCCCUCUCUCUCUCCUGCCCCCCGGCACGUCAGUUCCAGCUGUUCAGAAGGCAGGGCAGUGUGGAAAAAGUCACCGAACACACAGUGACAACCCCAAACCGUCCCUGGCUUGGCCCAGACACCAGGGGCUUGUUAGAGGAGGAUGCGUGCACACAAGGGAGAGGGAGAGAGGUUGUGAGCAACGUGAAACUUUGCUUCUCGAUCCUCUUAGUACGUCACGUGAGGAGAUUUAGGUCCGAUUUAGAUGCUCAUAUUUCUGAGUUGAUGUUUGUGAUCGAUUUCAGUACUUCCUGCUGCCAUCUUGAGAAAGCUGUACAGUGUUGUCUGUCGAUGCAUUAUUACCAUGGUACUUUUUGUAUUUGUUGAAUCUCAUUUGGCUUGGAUGGAUUUGAAGCAGUGUUAGGGUAUGAAUGUUUGUCUAGUGUGUGUAUUUUUUGCCAUAGUUAUGACUACUUAGUACUCAUUGACAUGUGCACAAUAACAACCUUCCUAAAAAUACAGGAAAUAGCUCUGAGAAACCAAAGAACAUGACCAAAACUCAACCACCUUAAUCAUCCUCAGUCUGACUUUGUUUUGAGAGAGAUACACGUGAGAUUAUUGUAGUAGAUUAAAUACUAGAUCUAAGGCAAGAAAAACACCAAGCAACAGUGUGUUUUCGAAUUGAAUUGGAAUAGUGAGGAUAGAAUCAGUUUUGGUCUACCUCUUCCAACAUUCCUCCUCCCACUGCUAUGAUUCCUAACCGGAUUUCUGUACCCCAGCUCCAAGGAAUGCCCUGGGCCGUUUCAGAUGGAAGCAUUUGGUGUUUUACUGAGAGCCCGAAUGAAAAAAAGUGUGUGUUUUUUUUUGCCCUGUAAACUGGACCAAGACAGACAGAAGGGAAGGAAAGAGAGAAGAGUGGGGAAUAAAGAAAGGGGAGUGUGUGUGUGUGUGUGGUUGUGUGUGUGUGUGGGGUGUGUGGGUGUGUGUGUGUGCAGUCUCCAGCUGUGGAAUGUUGAGUCGGCAAGAAGAGCUCCGUGGGCUGGUCUGUAACCAAUCAGGGAGGAGAAGAAGGAUUCAGGGUAGAGAGAGGGGUUAGGAGGAGGGAGAAAGGGGAAAGGAAGGGAAAAAAAAGGGUGAGAUUCCGAGGCUUACUGUAAAACGGAGAACACAGAGGCAGGGGGAAGAGUGGGGCAUGCUGUCCUCUGGUGGAGGACCGCUGUAUCAGCCUGCCUCCGUAUGCUUUUACUGAUUAAAUGUGAGCUGUUUUUUCGUGGGGAGCUGUCUAUGAGGCGAUGACUGGGUCAGGACCUGGUGAUUUGAACUCCUAGUCCCUGUGAAGAAAAGUUCUUUAAAAAGCACCUGUUUUAAUUCUGAAAGUAUUUGCUGUUUUUAUAAUAAAUAAAUAAAAUAUAUGUUCACAUG